UUAGCAAAACUUGGCUCCUGUCUCGUAGUUUUAUAAAAGCGCACAGCAUAGUGUAGCGUACAAGUAAAUAAGUAGUUCAAACACAGGCUGAUCUAUGGCUCUCAGAAGCAGUGUUUGUUCAUAGUUCAAUUUUCACUGUGCGUUAUCAACGAAUGUAAUGUCAGUGCGACCUUAGACAUUGAAUAUAUGUCCUUUUGUUUUACAAGUACGAAGGAAACAUGGAGGAGUCUUCUUUCAAUUUUAAUAUUUUGAACACGAUCAUUAUCGCCUCCUUGGGAUAUUUGACUGUGAAGGCUAUCUGUGGUAUUCUCAAGUUCAUAAAGUUCAGGAGAAUAUACAACGCCAUUCCUGGGGAACAGUCCUUCAACCCUUUUUUGGGAACUCUACACAAGUUUCCAGGGCCUAAUGAAGAAGGCAUUAAAUAUGACUUCAAAAUGAUGAGAGAUGUUGCUCCAAAGAUUAUAAGGAUUUGGGCAGGACCAUUCCUUCCUGUGUUAUUGUUACAUCACCCAGAAACUGUCAGAGUUCUGCUCAAGUCCUCAGAGCCGAAGCCCAGGGGAAAGUAUGUAGCAGGGCCGUAUGACAUGGGCGUGCCCUGGUUGGGGGAAGGGCUGCUUAUUGCCAAUGGAGACCGAUGGGCACGGAGUCGGCGCCUUCUCACCCCAGCUUUCCAUUUCGACAUCCUCAAACCUUACUUUUCAAUCAAUAAUCAGGCUACUGAUAUUUUGUUGGACAAAAUAUCCAAAACCUGCAAAACAGGGAAAACCUUUGAAGUGUUCAACGUCAUUAGUCUUUGUGCCCUUGACAUCUUACUGAGGUGUGCCUUCUCUCAGACCAGCAACUGUCAGACUGAUGGAGAGAAUCAUCCAUACAUACAGGCUGUCAACAACCUGACAAAUAUGUGGUCUGCCCGUUCUCUAAAACCCAUCUUAUUCUUCGACUUCAUUUAUUUCCGGUGCCCGAGUGGCCGCAAGUUCCUCAAAACUUGCGACUAUGUGCAUCAGGUAGCGGAAGAAGUUAUUGAGGCAAGAAGGAAAGUUGUGAGUGAGAAUGGUCCUACAACUCAGGAAGACGGAAAGAAGAAGAAGAUACUGGACUUCUUGGAUAUUCUCCUGACAGCCAGAGAUGAGGAUGGGAAUGGUUUGACUUCACUGGAGAUCAGGAACGAAGUGGACACCUUCCUGUUUGAGGGCCAUGACACAACCACAAGUGCCAUGUCCUGGAUGUUAUACCACAUGGCUAAAUACCCGGAGUACCAGACUCGAGUUCAGGAAGAAAUAGAUGGCAUUUUGAAGGGGAGAGAAUCUGACCAUAUCAUGUGGGAAGAUCUACCCAAGCUGGAAUUCUUUUCUCUGUGUUUGAAGGAGUCGUUGAGGAAUAGAACGCCUGUUCCUUUCAUCGAGCGCGAGCUGACGAAGGACACAGUCCUUGGGGGGUAUGACGUUCCCAAAGGUUCAUUUGUGGCUGUGCAUCUAUACAAUCUGUGCCACAACCCCCAUGUGUGGGAUCGACCCCAGGAGUUCUAUCCUGAGAGAUUCCUUUCUGAAGAAGUGAAGGCACAGGACCCGUUUUCAUAUGUUCCCUUCUCUGCCGGAUCAAGGAACUGCAUUGGGCAGAACUUUGCUAUGCAUGAAAUGAAGGUCGUCCUUGCACGAAUACUACACAGGUUCACCCUUCGCCUUGAUGAAAAUCACGACAUCAAGAUGCUGACCUUAGCUGUAUUGAGAGCAGAGAAUGGAAUCAAGAUGUAUGCCACACCAAGGACGCCUGCCUGAGGGUGCCAUGAAGUAUGCCUCACUUCCAUUGGGAUUUGUACAGUGUUACAGGAAUUAUAAAUGUGCUUUAGCUUCAGCUUUCUUGUUUGUCACUAUAUUCUCUCCUGUCAUGUCUGUUUCAUGUUCACAGUGUGUGUUCUGUUAAUGAUGUAAUGAAACAGGUUUUCAAUUAAUUGUGAUGUUAUCAUUGUGCUGGUUACGCCACCUAGAUUUUAAUUGUGAUGAUAGUAUAUUCUUUAUCAAUAUAGUAUUUCAAAUUUGUCUGCAGGGAAUUACCUUGAGUCCUGUAUUUGAGGGUCCCUUGAACUCAUACUUUCAAGGGUCCUGGACAACAAAAUGGGGUUCCCAGACACUUAAAUAUUA